CCUUGUUAUUGUUCAUGGCGUUUUAUGACUUGUCCCUUUAUAUUGCCGAUUAUGUCGAGUUUUUUCGCGAUGCCCGCCGCGCGCCGUGUGCACAGAGUGGAGUAACCCUCGCGCUUGGUGUGUCUUAGGUUAAGAGAAGUGGCCUGGUGGCGUGUCUCCGUGGGAUUCGGACGCGAGAGGUCCCGUACGAACUUCGGAAAGAAAUGGGUAAACAGGAGUAUUAGGCGAACGGCGCUGGAGUGGUCUAGGGCUGUCGGUCUGGUGCCGACGGACAGACAUCUCUACAGCCAGAGUGCGCAGUGAUACCCUGAGACGUCCCCAGGCUACCUGGGUAGUUAUGUGAUUGAUGAUUGUUUUUUUAAUAGAUUAUCCAUAUCGAUGCACUGGUUAACGUGAAACGUUACGUGUCACAGUCAUGGCGGCAGAUAGCGAUGGUGAUCUGAUUGAGACGGUGGUUACGUGCGAAGGAGAUCUCAGAGAUCCAGAGUUCCCACAUAAAUUUAAGAUCAUAGUGGACCGCCUGGAAUCCCUUCUCUGCAAAGAUAAGGGAGACGGAUUGAGGGUGAACAAGGUAGAACCAUGGAACUCUGUACGCGUGACAUUCUCAAUCCCCAGAGAAGCUGCCUUGAGGUUGAGGGAGUUGGCAGCUCAGGGCUCACCGACACUUACACAGCUUGGUAUUCUUUCGGUCCAGGUCGAAGGAGAUCAGGUCAUAUCGUUAAGGAUAGCCAGUCGGUUCGGCGGGGAAGCGCAGGAAAUCGUUUUACGUUCGGGUCCUUCUCAAGACGGCGGAAAUAAGUCUCAGGGCGACUCUACCAAUGGUGCGUCCAGCAACAGCGAUGACUCUAUAAGUGCUGUACCCGGCCCCAGCAGCGCCUCGAGUAUCUCGUCGACGCUGCGAAACGUCGCUCAAAUUAUCGUAGCCGGUACCUCCUCGGAGAAGGCGCCCCAGUUCCGCUCGCCGAACGUGGUAGCGCCAGCAGACUGUGAUCCCAUCCCGGCGUUCCUCCCGAAGUCGGUCCAAUCGGCGCCAGGUAGCGUGGGCGUCUCGAUUCCGGGGGGCCAGCCUACGGCGACACCUGGCGCGGCGGCCAGGAACAACUACAAUGGUCCAUUCCCGUUCGCGAGCAUGACGCACGCGGCGCAGGCGAUCCACAGCCGCGAGUCGCAAGCGAGUACGAUUAAGAACACAGUGCAAUUCAAACACAUCCACACGCAGCCGCCGCCACCAUAUCCAGCCCAGGACGGCCUGUCGACGGGGACAUCGCUAACGACGGGGCAGACGACGACGACGGCGUCGGCAUCGGGGGUCGGGCAGCUGGGGAGCCAGUACAAGGCCCCGAACGCGGUGGCUUCUAGUCUGUCGCCGGGCAACGGCGGCAACGGCAACCAGGUGGCCCUCUCUAGUCCGCUGCUGGUGAACCUGCUGCAGAACGACGGGGGCGCCCACCCGAACAACGUGCUGCCGGGCCAGAAGAUGCUGCCACCGGCGGUGGUCGACGGGGCGGGGCUCGCAGGUCGCAUGAGGCCGACGAAGAAGCCUACCGUCCGGAGGAAAGACCCGACCUCGCCGAGCGAGUCGCCGCCGGGCCUGGAGGGCCUCAGGACGGAGGACCUGAUCGGCGGGGCCACCGGUGUCGUCUCCGGGGACCUGCAGAGCUCGGGGCCCUCGGCCUUCGUUACCGUCAAUGUGAACCAGCAGUCGACGGUGCCGCAGGCGGCCGCGGUACCGAGCGUCCAGGCGGUGCACCAGCUGCCAGGGCAGGUGCAGCAGCAUAACCAGCAGGCGUCGGCGCUGCACUCUCAAGUACAAAUACAGCAGAAGCUGCGCAUCAGGCAGGAGCUGGCGUACCGGCCGCAGGUGCAGAUGCAGAGCCAGCUGGCGGCCAGGCAUCCGGUGAACGGCCAGCAGAUCAGGACGCCGCUGCAGCAGCGGCAGCAGCUGCUGAUGCAGCAGCAGCACCAGAUCCUGGCCCAGCAGCAGCAGCAACAGCAGCAGGGAGUCGGAGGCCAGCUGAUGCAGCAGCAGGCAGCGGCGCAACCGGCGCUGCUCGAGCAGGCGAGUCCUGGGGGCUCUCUGCAGUGCGCGCCCCUGGGGUCGCAACAGCAGGUCAUGGGCCCCGGCGUGGCCCAACAGAGACUGGGGUUCCUGGGCCAGAGGCAGCAGCAGACCCCGCCGCCGUAUCCCAGGCAAGCGGGGCCUCAUCUACAGCAGCCGAACCAGAGCCUGAACGUGCAGCACCAGCUGCACCACAACCAGCCGAAGAACACGAACGUCAGUCCCGGAGCCUCGACCGACUUCCGGUACGGCCAGAGCCAGAACAUCCUGAGCAGAAACUACCCGGCCGCGGCGGCGGCGGCCAGCGCAAACGGGCCGACCACAUGGACCGGGGGCAUCCCCCAGGGUGCCCAGGUCAACACCGUGCAGCGCGUGGCGGUCCAGAGCCAGUCACCAGGUGCCUUUCCGCGUGUUAACCACGUAUCCUCGGCCCCGGAGGCCCCGCAGUCCCCGAAGCCGCAGGAGGAGGAGCCCCCCGAGCCGGAGUACACCUCCACCGGGAAGAUCAGGCAGUUUCUGAUAAACCCGCUGACGGGACACCUGGAGCCAAUGCCCAGCGAGAGCUCCGACUCCGAGCCCGAGAGCGCGGUCGACAAUCAGGACGACUUCUUCUCCUUUCCAUCCCCGUCGAACGACCGAUCCAACUCGAUCUUCUCCGACGACGACGCGGACAGCAACUUCUCCAGGAGGAACGACACCACCACCAACACCGACCAGUCGGACUCGGAGACGACGGUAAAGUCGACCGCCAGCGAGGGAAGCCUGAAGCACGGGAGGCUGAAGUCCAGCAGGGAGGCUGCUCAUAGUCCCAUGCCUGGGGAGAAGAUCAAGCUCAGGUUGAAGCUGGAGAAGAGCGAGCCCGUCACCCCGGCGUACAAGGUCGACGUAUCCUUCGUCAACGCGCCGCCCGUCAGGAAGGCUGACAAGGGCGUAGGCAAGAUGUUCCAGGGCGUGCCCAACUCCGCGGGGGCUGCCGAUGAACCUAGGGUGCCGCCUUUGCAUAUCUCCCUGAGGGGACCCAAUGCUGCCGUUGUACAGAUCAGGAAGAAGGAGAAGAAGUCCCUGAAGGAGGCCGAGGCGGACGCCAUCGGCGUCAAGAGGCGCGGCAAGCUCAAGAAGAUGAAGGAGUGCACCGAUGGGAACAAGCUACUACAGAAGAAGUCCUCCCUCAGCAUGAUCAUCGGCAGCCCGUCCGCCUCCAAGUUGCCUUUAUCCAACUCCGCGAUGGUCAACAGCGCCACCGCCGUCGCCAAGAUGAACAAUACGCUUCAGAAUGUUGUGACCAAGCCCAAUGCCUUAAAACAAGACGUACCGUUAGAUACUGCCAGGCUGCCACCUGGCGGCGCCAAGCCCAGCUCCAGCAAGAGCGGCGACGUCGACGAUAUACCCCUGAAUAGUAGGAUACCGUCGCCUCUUAAACACAAGACCAAUCUGCUCACCCAGGCGAAUGUGCAACCUGCACUUAAUAGGGGACAACUGGAGACCGACGUGCAGAACCACACGAGCGAACACAAAAUCGGCGGCGGAAAGACUAAGAGAAGAGACUCAAAGAAAAAGGUUGAUUCAGGCGAGGGUCUGCACCGAGAGCAGAACUUGCUGAGCGGUGGCAGGAUGCUGGACAACCAGGUCAAGUGGAGGAAAUUCGGAUGCAAGGCCGACACGGGUCCGGCGACGAAGAAGACGGCGGAGGCGCUGCUCGCCGGGAACGACGUCAGCGUAGUCAAGAAGGUCGGCGAGAUCCGGAGGACCAGCGACAGCGACGUCAGCCGGGGCGUCGCCGAGAAGGCGAGCGUCUUGGCGGUGGCGUCGCGGCUGACGGAAGUCAACGGCGUCAGGAAGGACCUGGUCAGCCAGGAGAAGAGGAGGCGGCUGAGCCUCAUCGACGAGAAGGACCUCCACCCGGCAGAAUCUCAAAACCCGGAGGCGCCGCAUCUGCACGGCCACAAGACGCUGGAGAACGCGGUGCAGAACGCGACGCCGGUCCCGAAGGUGACGUCGAACUCAACGACGAACUCCACUUUCGAGAACGAGACACCAACCCCGAAGAGCGGGAACCCCACCUCGCAGACGACGACCCAACCACCCUGCGCCCUGGACAGCAAGCCCCAACUCCACGGCGAGAUCGCGUCCAAGAACACUCAGCAACCGUUAAACCGUCUGACCGCAUCGAAGACAAAGCCAGACCCGGAGGUCUGCAAGGCGAACUCCUCGGCGAAGGUGCAGGGUGUCGGUCAGAAGCUGAAGAACCACGCUCUGGGGAAGACCGAGGGAACGAACGCGAUGGCGAGGCACAAGGUGGACCACCAGGUGCACAAAAAGGUUGUUCAGAACCACGUGAUGAAGCAGGUGGAGCGGAUGGCGGCUACGGGGAAGCUGGACGCGGCCAGAGUGAGCCUGCUGAAGAGCGCCCACGAGCAGGUGGCCAGGGUGCAGGCGAUCGAACUGCAGACGAACAAGCCGAGCCUCCCCAUAGGGGAGAUCAACGUGACGGAGGCGAAGGUUAAGCAAAAGCUGCUGGAGAACACGACGGUGCCGAUGGGGAUGGGAGCGGUGGACGCUUCCUCGGAGUCGAGGGUCGGAAACGGCGCCGGAGGUGGAGGAGGAGGUGGAGGUGGGAGUGGGGGAGGAGGCGAGGACUCGGGGAUCGAGUCCAUGGACGCGCUCUCGGAGAAGUCGCCGAACCAGGGCGAGUCCCCUCUGCACAGGCCGGCGGCGGAAUCGGUGCCUCCGAGCCAGGGUGCCGGGAAGAACGAGCCUCCUCCUCAGCAACCGGUCGAGAAGAACGUGCCUUCCUCCGCGAUCAGCGGCGACAUGUGCCCGAGUUCGAGGUCGGAGCUGAGGAAGUCGGAGACGGACCGGCUGAGCCCCUCCGCGGUAUCGGCAUACCUGGAGAACCAUGUGAGCCUGGAGAACCACCAGGCCGAGGCCCCAGGAGAGGCGAAACCUGAGAAGGAGUCGGAAGGAGAGCUGAAGAGUCAACUGAAGAGCCAGCUGAAGAGCCAGAUGAAGAGCCAACCUAGCCCUCUGGUGGCCGGCACUCCCACCGUGACGCCUUCCCUGAGCAACGCCUCGACGACGGUAGACGCGGAGAAGCUCCUGCAGUGCGCCUCCACCCCUGGGAGAGACUUCCCUCGCAAGGACGCUUACAUCAAGCAGGAAGACUGCCCCAUCGAGCAGGGUAAGCCGGAAGAGAGCAAACCCCAGGACAAGGACGAACGCGAGACGAUACCCCCGAGAGAGGGCGACAGGUCCGAGACUAAAGAGAACCAGAACCACCUGAGGUUCAAGGCGAAGCCCGAGAAACCGGAGGAAGAUCCCUCGGCGAAGGUGGAGGUCAAGCCCUCGGUUCAGGUGGACGACACGAGGCAGGCGGAGCCGAAGACCCUGCAGAAGGCCACCCUGGUGCAGCCUCUUCAGCGAGUCUCGGCUAGCCCGCAGAAGGUCGGCGAGGACCUGGUGAAGAAGCUGGCGAGCGAGGCCAGCGAGGCUAGCUCUCCCCUCGGGGAGGAUCCUCAGCCUAUCAGGAUCACUCCGCCGUUGUACACGUACUCGAACCCGGUGGUGCUGCAGCGGGACGAGUCGCCGAGUCCUGCCGCCCAGAACCCGGAGGUCGAAGCCAACGAGGCCGAGCACGCCAAGAGGAAGCGCAGGAGGAAGCAGGAGCUGGAGGGGCGCCAGGACGUUAUCUGCAUCGAGGACAACGAGGAGGGCCACUUCGUCGAGAGGUUGAACGCCAACAGUGCCGACGAGUACGCCAAGCGGCCCGCCAAGUCGUUGCUCGAGCAGUUGCUCAUCGAGAUCCCCAACGACGCGAACGAGAAGCGCUCCUUGAGGACGAGGUCGCAGAAGCUUAACAGCCCCGACAUCGCGAAGACCCCGAAGAGCAGCCCUCAUGGCCCUAACAAGCUGGAAGAACGGCGCAGCAUAUCACCGUACGCUAAGGCGAGCCCCAAGCUGGGGCUCGCCAAGUUGUCGCCUAACACGACGUCCAUGAAAGCGGCCAAGCGAAAAAGGCAGGAGAGCGAGAGCUCCGUUGCGUCGAGCACGGCCGACGAAGCACAGCCUAGGCCAGGUAAACGGAAAUGCUCGGAGAACGCCGCAGAACUUAUUAAGGCUUGCAUGGGCGUAGAGGAGACCGGUCCUAUUAAGAAACAAGUACCUGGCAAGGAGGAACACUCCAAGAAGGGGUUCAACAUUUUGGCCAAGGCCAAGAAAGGACCGAUUCUCGUGGAAGUGGAUUCGUCCGACGACGAGCCCUUGAUCGAAAUUGCAGGGAAGUCCAGGAUGAGAAUGUCCGACGAAGUUUCCGCCGCUUCUCCUAAACCCAAAGAUCAAAAGACGAACUCGAGUACGGCGAUCCAGGGUGGGCAGGCUAAUUCCAACAACGUGUCCAGCUUCGGCGUGGCUAACCGGGUGCAGCGAGAGAGCCGGCUGCUGACGACGAAACAGCCGAGCGCGGGGACGACGAUGGCGGCCGGGAAGGAGCGGCUCCGUGGGACGAGCGCACCGGCUGGCGAGACGCCGGCCGAGGUGACGACGCGCCGGUCGGUGCGACAGAGCACGGCGUCCCCGCUGGCCACGCCGGCCGGUAACACGAGGGGCGCCUCCAGGUCGGCCGACGACGUCAACCGGAGGAAAACUCGCAGCGGAGCUGACACCUCGUACAACGAGAACGUUGUUUUAGUGACGGCCGAGACUGCGGAGCAGGCAAAACGGAGGCGAAUAUCCCGAGAAACCAAAUGACCUUCGGGAAGCGACCUUGACAGCGAUUAGCUACCGUCGCUAGUCAAGGCCUACCUGUCUGAUUGUCUGUCUCUUGUCGGUGUUUAUUCGAUCGCCGUGUGGCUGGACCCCACCUGGUGAAUCCGUAUGUGUCGAUUGCGCACAAGAUUGAUGUAUAAGUAAUCGCCGGGUGCAGUGGCAGUGGAAACUGUGGAUCAUAAUGCUUUUUACCAUCGCCUUCGAGAAGAGCCCUUUUAAUUGGGAUGCUGCGGAGACCUAUCGAUGGAUAUUAACGAAGAUCUAAAAUUAGUGGUGCGUGGUUCGGAUCGAUGAGGAAGCUCAGGGCAUUCGAGGGAGAUUUGUCGAUACCUUGAAGAGAUACUAAUCGAUAUACUACGAGUAUGGUUUUAAUGGAAAUUGUCGAAGAACAGAAAUUAAGGAAAUCUGCCAAUACCUCGAUGAGAAGCCCUUCAAUUAGAAUGCCCCGAUUACUUCACCGUAAACCAUUAAAUACGAAAAUUUAGUAAAAUCUGUAUCGGGCAUAUGAGAAAAUAAUGCAGAAUCUUCGAGGAAGAAUUGAAAUUUAUUAAUUAACAGUGCCUUGAAGAGCUGCCACGCCGAGCCACUUUGGAAGUUGUCCCUUAGGAUUUGUCGAAUCGAUACUAACGAGUGUUAACUAAUGAUCCAGCCUUUCCGUGCCACUGCACUCUAGAACAAUAGUGUGGAGGUACUCGGAGGUGCCCUUCGAGUAGCUCGAUAAGGUAGAUUCGAAGCCGCCGAGUCGGCCCGAUUAACGUUUCAUUUACCAUUGUUUAAUAGCCGUUUAUAUCGAUCGUUUUCCUUUGCCGAGGCCGUAGACGGGCUAGUUCGUUUCUUUUUUCCCCUCCUCUUUCUUUCGAUACUUUUUAGGGUUAACGUGGAACUAGUUAUGUGCUCCUUAUACAAGUCGCUCGAUGACUUCGCAAUAACGCACGAGGACUCCGGGAACGCCGACCUGUAUAAAAUAUGGACUAGGUGUAAAUAGGUGUCGCCUUUGUUAAGACAUCGACCAGCGAGGGCACUUUAGUUGUCGGCGGACAUAGAACCUUUGCAAUAACGACGAGACUAGGGGAAUUCGUAAUCGUGUAACGCCGUUUUCUCUCGAGGGUUUAGUCAGCGCUUCUUACGAUUACUUUCAACGAGGUGUCCUCUAGGUGGUAAAGGGAAGCUCAAUGUCGACACGUCACGUUUGAAUCUGACUGUACUGCCGUAAAAAAAAUAUAUAUACACACGUACACACAUAUUGUGUGAUGUGUGUAUGUAUAUUGUAUAUUGACUGUACGUUUUCUCUCGUAAAGAAAUUUUAUUAGCUCGCGGGCUUGGGUGGCUGCCCCGACGGCGCCCCCACCGAUCGACUCCGUUUUUAAUAUCUCGCGUUUAUUUGAGAUUCGUUUAUUUAUUUCUCCGCUUUUUUAUUAUUAUUAUUUUUUUGUUUCCCCCCACCGUGGCGACCCUCUCCAACCUUUGUUACCUUGUAAAUACCCAUCGCGCAAGCCGUAGGAAUGACCUUUCCACGUGGAGGUCCUAUUUUUCUUCAUUUUUUUUUAAGAAUUUUUUAUUUAUCCUAGACUAGAACCAAGAUCAAAUGUAUUUCGUGAAAAAUCAAAUUUCACGAGCAUCGCGUUCUUCUUUAGGGCCUCCGCAAUCAGUAAUAUUAUAAAUAUGAAUAUUCUGACGUUUCAUGUACGUGGAGCGUCCCUUUCGUGUCACCCUUUGGCUACUAAGAUCGCCCGACGUUUGGUCGAAUAUUGCCUGCACGGUCGGAGGAAUUUCGCCCUUACGUCGAGAUGGCUCCGCGCUCAAGGGGUUUUAAUUUGGACUCCGCAUACCAGUGUUCACGUUUUAGAUAUUUCUACACGAGUCUUCGCGCGUAAGUCGGGAAUAAUUGACGGGAUUUCGCGCCACCUCACCUUCAUUAUCAUGCGAUGCCCCUUAUCUCUAAUCAUUGAACGGAGUCCGUCGGUGGAGGCGCCGCCUCGGGCGUUCAAUACAGGCAGAGGGACACUAAAAAGGAUUUAUUUUAUUUAUAUAAAAUAAUAACGCGGAAACGUCGGGGCUAGGAUGUGUACGAGAAGGCGGCAGUAGUAAUAAUUAAUCGCGGGUGAGAAAACGGACGAUUAUAAACGCGCGACGGUUAAUUUGAUAGGUAAUAUAUGGAUGAAUAUAUUUUGUAAAUAAUUCCUUGUAAAGAUACGGAGGACACGGACACUUACACACGUACAUAAGAUACACUGGGCACGAGCACACAGGAACACUUACGAGCACCCAUUGUACAUACAUCGGGAAAUGUUUAAAUUUUUAUCGAAUUUAGAUUCGUAAUCGCGGGGAACGUGAGAUAUUCGCCAUUAUCAUUAAUCGAUACCCCCUCCUCCUCCUCCUCCCCCCUCCCUCUUCUCGUGGUCGUGUAAUUAUUAUAGAGAUACCUUUUUAAAUAUCUUCCUCGGCAUCGUUUUCACACCGCUAAAUAUAUGCAUAUAUCCCGACGUAUAUGUGUGUAUUUCAAUGAGACAUUGUUUUCUCGUGAGCAGAUAAUCUAGUUUUAUAUUGUAUAAAUAUAUGUACAUAUUAUAUAGGGGGAGUGAGAGAGAGAGAGAGAGAGAGAGAGCCUUUUCAGUAGCCAUCUUGAUCGAUUGAACGACAUCCGAAUUCGAAUUUCCGGGCGGAAUAGCCUCAGCCUUGAUUCACACGUCUUCGACGACUUUACGCGAGUUUUCCUAUCUAUAUGUGCGAUUAGUUUAGGUCGUGUCGAGAGUUCUCUUCAAUGGUAUCGGGAAAUUGACGGAUUCGUGUGUAUAUUGUUAGUCGAUUCUUUAUAUGUAGGAUGUGGUUAUGCUGAUAUUUUGUUAAGGGACGUUAAUGCAGCUCCAGCGUUAAUUGGCGACUAUAAGAUGAUAGGUUAGGAGUUUAUGUCCGUUACUGUACAGUGGAGGAGGCUCAUUCCUUGCUUGGGAGUAUGGUGGCGCUAGCGUGCAAUGAGAAGGCAUUUAUGCCCUGCACUGUACAGUGAAGGAUUUUAAUUCCUUGCUUGGGGGUAUGAUGGCGCUAGUGUCCGAUUAGAAGGCGUAACUUGAUAUGCAGUUUUACUUGGUACGUGUGAAACAAGGCUGUUGCACCUUGAAAAAGAGAUAAAGUCUUCUAGAACCGUCAACUUCGGGGAAACAAGUGUCGAGCGUUACUUCCGACUAAGUUGACGGUUCGCGGCGACUCCGCAAGGAGGAGCUGCAGGCGUUUCGCCCCGCGAAGAGAAAACGCCGCCUCUGUAAGUCUAGGAUUCAGAGGUUUCCAUGAAAAUUCAGAUCAUACGGCGACCCUCGAUGCUCACGAAUAUGACUGACAAUCCUAGAAAAAAAGCAUACAUUCUCUUGUAUUAUCGAAAAUUGAGAAACGCACGGGAAAAGGAAAGAACGGUCAGGAAUAUCAUAAUUGGGGGAGGGGUAAACUUCCCAGGAGGGUAAUCCGGCAUCUAGUAUUAUUGAAAAUUGAGAAACGCGCGGGAAAAAAAAAAGAAUUGAAAACCACAAUUGGGGUUACCUUCCUAGGAGGUUAUGCCAGCCAGAACAAUUUAGUAAAAGCGUAAAGCAUUUAAGGAGGAACCUACCGCCUUUUCGUGGAAACUUCUGAACUCUUCGCUCCGUCGGCGACUUCAGUUUCCCUGUCCACCGAAAGGGGCGGAAGAGUAGAAAGAGGAUGAGAAAUAAGCGCUAUUUUGUUACACGCGCCGGUAAAGGAGAACAUAGAUGCCUUCCGCAGGUUAAAUGCAUUUUCUAAGGGUUCGGCCGGCUCUCACCAGCUUCCGCUUCGAAGGCCAAGGCGAGAGAGAGAGAGGGGUAGAGCGAGGUGCGGCGGGUUAGAAAGAGAGAGAGAUACCUCUCUCUCGCCGGGUGACCGCGUCUUCACUGACUACAUCCCCAUCGCAUUCCUAAAUUCGGAUUUAUCGAAUCUGGACCCAGUAAAUCCGAAUUUAAAUAUCGAUCGAUACUUAAAUCCGGAUUUAUUGGGUCCGCAUUCGAUAAAUCCCGGAUUUAGAAGUGCGAUGGAGACGUAGUCAUUAAAGAAUUCCCAAAUUCUACCCUGAGCGUCUCUGUCGACACUUAAAUUCGGAUUUACUGAGUCCGGGCUCGAUAAAUCCCGGAUUUAGAGUGCGAUGGAGACGCGGUCAAUGUCUAUCACUGAAGUCCGAUGGCUACCAGGUUAUAUAUUCGUCAGAAUAUACUUUUUGUAUAAUCGGGACCGCGCGCGCGAGAGGUUAGGUUAGGUACUCGCGCUCUCGGGGAGGCCUCCAACGAGAAUACAGGGUCCAUAAUUGAGAAUAUGAAAAACCGGUAGCUUUCUAAGAAACACUAGGACCAUCGGAGGAGGCCUCCCCGAAUUCGACGGCAAUUAUUAAAUUAUAAAUUAUUUACCUAGGUAAUCUUUGCUUGUUUUCGAUCGUAGGGAGAUAAAGUUAUUUCAAUCGCGACCGACCGCUGUACAUAGUAGACCUGUCUUUUAUAUAUAUAUAUAAAUAUAUAUUAAAGGUAUAUAUAUAUAUAUAUUCGAGUGGGAAGCGAUUAAGCUGUACAUAGACACCUUAUACAUAUAUAUAAGAACGAGAGACGCAAGAUUACAUUUAAUUUAGCUCGUACCCCGAGAUGGGAUGAAGUGUAAUGUAAAAUCUAGUGAUACGCAGUUACUAAGAGGUUAGGAUCGAGCGAGAGUGAAAGAGAGAGAGAGAGAUAAUGCGCAAAUGUGGAAGACCGAGAGAGAGAGGGUGACGGAGAGAGGCAGGAGCUGUGUAAUUUCGGUGUAAAAUAUUUCGUUUAAACUUUAGAUAGUUAGACUAGGCAUUGCGUUACAUUUUUAUUAUUGAAUAUUACAUUUACAUGAUUGUAUAGACGAUAUAAAGAGGAGAGACAGCUUCGUGUGUAAAUACGAGUACCUUAUGUCUAAGUGGAUUUUAAGCGUGCUCACACGAUUAAGGGGUUGCCAAAGUAUUUUCAUAGAGCGACUGUAUGUGCACACAAUAAUAAACCAUUAUGCGAUGAUCGAUA